AUGCGAGCGUUACUGAAAGCUCGCGCGCACUCGAGGGUGUUCGUUCCCGAAAGAUGGCUGGAAACGCGCGAGCUGCAGCCGCCGCCGGGGAUGCGAUCGACCAAGACGCUCGGGCGGACGCUCGGUACGAACGGCGAGACGAUUUCGCGCUUCCGCACGGCGGGCGACGUCCCGCCGCCGAGGCACGGCACGCGGUCCGCGCAGUUCUUCACGACCGUGCACGACGACGUGGACGUCAUCAUCACCACGACGCCGCUUCAGAGGUUCUUGAAGUCCGUCGGCGUCGCGUACGGCGACGCCGCGGCGACCGCCAAGACGCACAACGACCGCGAGACGUUGUGCCAAUCGUUGCUGGAACUCGGGGACGUGCGCGCGCGCGAGGGCGACGUCGCGGGCGCGGUCCAGGACUGGAGCGACUGCCUCGACGAGCUCACGGGGUGUUACAAAACGAUCGAGACCGCCGGGUGCGCGUCGCUUCCACCGGACGCGGAGUCGCGGCUCCGCGCGUUUGGUCUCUGGGGGUGCGCGCGAGGCGCGUGCGCCGCCGCUAAGCUGGCGAAGUGGGGCGCGACGCGGUUGGACGCGGGGAAACGCCUCGAGUCCGCGCGUUUAGCGUCCGCGCUGUUCGCCGCGCCGUUCUGCUCCACGAUCGCGCACUCGCAGCGCGCGCUCGACUUGAUCUCGCUGCGGUACGACUCGUUCCCGGAGCUGUGGAUCGGCGUGGAAGUCAACGCCGCCGACAUGUAUCGGUUCGACGCGAAAACCGUGUGCGACCUCGCGCUCGCGUCCGCGGAGAUCGUGCUGCAGUCUGGGCGCGCGCUGGAGGCGAUCCCGGCGGCGUGUCUCGCCGAGCACCUCGCGUCGUUCGCGCUGUUUGAUGUUCACAAAACGGUCAAGGCGCGGACGUUACAGGCGACCGCGCUCGCGGACGUCGGGCAACACGCCGCGGCGGCGGAUCGACUCGCGUCGCUCCUCGCCGGCGCCGCGUUGCCCUCCGUCGCGGGCGGGCCGCGCGGGCGCGUGAUCGUCGACGCCGCGGGCGCCGCGAUCGCGCGACUGGAGUCGAUCCCGGUGAACCCGAAAUUCGACCCGUCGAAACCGCUCGGCGCGGGGGUGAACCAGCCGAUCGUGAGGUGCCUGCGCGAGGUUGAAAUGCGAGCCGAGGUGGCGGCGCUCUACGGCGCCGAUCUCGUCGCGGAGGUGGAACUUUCGAGGGCGAACUGGUUGUCCUCGCUCGCGGUUCCCGCCGCGGAGUGGCGAAGCGGCGGCGCCGUGGACCCCGCGCCGAAGAAGAGAUCAUCGAAACCAAGGGACGCCGCGGACGCGCCGCCGCCGGAGGAGGAGGGCGAAGACGCCGCGGGCGCCCCCGCGGAGCCGGACGACCCAGACGCGCGCGACGGGUUUUUACGCGCCGCGGAGGAAGUCUUGCGCCGGGUCGUCUCCUCCACGGAGGCUGACAUCGCGACGACGGCGACCGCCGCGCAGGCGACGAUCGACGCCGCGCGCGAGAAACGCGCGGCCGCGAGAGCCGCGCGCGAGGAGAAGGGCGCCGCCGCGAGAGCGCGAAGGGAAACCGCGGAGAAGCGCGCGGAGGAGAAGCGCGCCAAGGAGGCGCGCGCGGCGGAGGCGGCGCGGAUGCGGGCUGGCGCGGAGCCGCCGCGCGAUCCGAACGAUAGGUUCGAGCCCCCGCCCGUGGUCUUGCCCGGCGCGAAGGAGGACGACGACGACGCGGAGGCGGAGGAGGGCGGCGAGGAAGCCGCCGCGGAAGAGGGCGGCGAGGCGAAAGCGGAGGGCGACGACGCCGACGCGGACGCCGCCGAGGACGGAUCGACGUCGAAAUCGAACGACGAAGACGACGCCGACGCCGCCGACGAAGACGACGCGGACGCGGACGCCGACGACGCCGUCGACGACGCCGACGACGAGGACGUCGUCGGCGAGGACAAGCACCCGUGGGUCCUCGCGUCGCCCGCGCAGCUCUCCGCGCUCGCGCGCGCGUCCGACGCGCUCUCCGUCGUUCUGCGCGCGAUGGACAGGUCCAAAGACGCGUUCGAGGUGGUCGUCCGAUGCGCGCGAUCGCUCGAGUCCUUCGGCGACGGCGCGCCGCGCGGCUUCGUCGCCGGCGGCGCGACGGCGCGCAAGGCGCGCGACGCGCUCGCGCGCGCGGGCCACUCCCUGUGGCUCCGCUGCAGAGCGCGCGCGUGCGAGUGCUUGCUCGACCUGAGCCGACACGAGACGGCGAGAGCGCACGCGGACGCCGCGCGCGCCGCGGCGGACCGGCUCGGCGACCGCGAGCGAUCGCGCGUUUUUAUCUUUAUCGCGACGAAGGCGCGCGCGGCGCUCGGCGACGUCGCCGCCGCCGCGGAGGCGUACGACGAACUCCUCGCGGAGAUGACGACGCCGCAGUCGCCGGACGAGCGCGCGCACGCGCCCCCCACGGGCGCGUUCUUCGCGCGCGUCGCGGGCACCGCCGCGGAGCUUGCGUUGCGUCGCGGCGACGCGGUCGAGGCGGAGCGAAAAGUCG